GUUAAACCUCAUCGGAGAAUAAUUGUUUCUAGCGUAUUCCCAAACAGCUGAUCAGCUGCUCCAGUCUAUAUAUUUGAACUGUGAAGACUAAAGAAAUAACGACAUAUUUGAAAACUAAUAUGGAUUUCUUAAAAGCUGAAAUCGCGAGGAAGAGAAAACUAAUUGAAGACAAAGAUCUUAUUGAUGAUUCAAAGAAAUACUUCAAGCGGUCCGAUCUUGCCCGAAAAGAAGAAGAGGAGUAUUUCAAACGAUGUGGCUACAAGGUUCAGAAAGAGGCACCUGAGAGACAGCUGGAGAAGAAAGAGGAGAAGGCAGAUCCCUCCACCUCGUCCAAUACCACAUUAGAGCUGGAGCUGACUGAGGAGAAGCUGCCAAUGUCGCUCUCCCGGCAGGAGGUGAUCCGGCGACUGAGGGAGCGAGGGGAACCGGUGCGUCUGUUUGCAGAGUCAGACUAUGAGGCCUUCCAGAGGCUCAGGAAGAUCGAGAUUCUCGCCCCGGAAGUCAACAAGGGUUUGAGGAACGACCUGAAAGCAGCCAUGGAUAAGAUUGACGCACAGUACCUGAAUGAGAUCGUAGGGGGCACUGGGGAGCCGGGGGAGGUGGACACACAAUUCGACCUAAGAGUACACGAGGCAGACACCACCAUCGAGGAGCUGGAGGCUCUGGGUAAAUCUCUUGGAAAGGGAGAUGACAAUGGGGACCAGGAUGUCAUCGACAAAGUCCUUAGGUUCCUGCUGGGAGUCUGGGCGAAGGACCUGAACGGUCGAGAGGACCACGUGAAGCGCAGCGUCCAGGGCAAGCUGGCCAGUGCCACCCAGAAACAGACUGAGUCCUACCUCAAACCGCUAUUCCGGAAGCUACGCAAGAAGAGUUUGCCUGCAGACAUCAAAGAAUCAAUCACAGACAUCAUUAAAUUCAUGCUGCAGAGAGAAUAUGUAAAGGCGAACGAUGCGUACCUGCAGAUGGCCAUUGGUAACGCCCCCUGGCCCAUCGGGGUGACCAUGGUGGGCAUCCAUGCCCGUACGGGGCGAGAGAAGAUCUUCUCCAAACAUGUGGCCCAUGUCCUCAACGACGAGACCCAGAGAAAAUACAUCCAGGGACUGAAAAGGUUGAUGACUAUCUGCCAGAAACACUUCUCCACAGACCCCUCAAAGUGUGUUGAGUACAACGCCCUGUAGUACACCUGACUGUCUACACCUGUGUGUUUGUUUAACACACCUGACCGUCUACACCUGUGGUUACCAAGCCUUGUCUUAGAGUCCUGGGGUGCGCAGGCUUUUGUUCCAACCCAGCACUACAACACCUAAUUCAACUGACUGGUCUUGAUUUGCAUUAAAUAUGUUGAAUCAGGUGUGCUAGUGUUAGGUUGAAAGGAAUGCAUGCCUGUAUACCUUGUAGUCUUACAGGAUCAUGGUUGGUUACACGUCUGUGGAAGUUACUACAGCUGAGGAAGUCUCUGUACUUCUGUCUACAUAACUGUCAAUGGAGAUCCAGCUGUUCAUUUAUAUUUUGAGGCUCGCUUUUUGCCACUUGUAUGGUUGACUGUUUUGUGUUGCUUUUUUUAGGGUGUACAAGUUAGUAUUUUCCUUGUUACUCAAAUGAACCAACAUGUUGUGUAAAUAUCCCUUCUAAGAUUAGUCAUUCUCCACAGUGUGCUAGUUUUAUAAUAUCUUUGUAAGAAUGGCCAUGUGUAAGUUUUAUUAUGCAAAUCUUUGGAAAACGAAAAAAAAAAAUGCUUAAAUUGAAGAAUGUGAAAACAGGAGUUGAAACCUGUCAAAGUAAACUGUUCUUAUUAAUGCAAUAAAUACAUCUAAAUUCA